AUGUCUAGCAAUUUCCCGACCGCAAUGACAAUGCAUGACGUGCAUUCGUAUACGAUUGUUCUCGCUCUUCCUCUUCUCUCCAUAUUGAUGUUAAAAUGUGGAUUUCUUUUGCUUGGAGGUUUUAAGCAGAGGGGAACUUCAAGCCAGUGGUCGGAUAAGGCAGUGCUUAAUGAACUAUCAGCGUGCGAUGUGGUUCGGGUUGAGAAGGGUUUGUCAGCCGUCGAUGAUAUUCUGGCUCCAGUACUGCCUCAGAACUGGUGGACGGAUGAUAAACUCUUCCAGCUUGAAAGACGCGCUGUAUUUAGCAAGAACUGGCUACUGGCUACCCAUGCGUGUAGAUUCAAAAAGCCCGGAGACUAUCGAACUUUCGAAGUCGCGGGAUACUCAAUCCUCCUCAUAUUGGGAAAAGACAAAAUGCUCAGAGCUUUCCAAAACAUUUGCCGACAUCGUGCAUAUCGGGUCACCAAGAAGGAAAGUGGAAGCUCCGCCGUCUUGGGUUGCCGCUACCAUGGAUGGGCUUACGAUACGAAAGGAAAACUGAUCAAAGCGCCCGAGUUCGAUAACGUGUCAGGCUUCGACAAGAGCAAAAAUGGAUUGUGGGGGGUGAGAUUGAGAAUCAGAGAAGGAUUGGUGUACAUCAACCUGGCUUGUGAGAACGUAGACGAGGCUCAACUCGCUACAUCAGCAAGAGAUAUGAGUGUGAACUGGAGUAACAUGAAAUUGCAAAGUGCUGAAGAAUGGAAGUUCGAUGUUGACUUCAAUUGGAAACUGGCAGACUUUACUCUUAGCUCUUGGAAACCGGAAACCGGACUGCUGAACUGGCUUCCAUUAGCCCUUUCCGGAACAAAGAAGGCAGCCUCAACUGGAAUGAACGCAGAAACUCAUCAUUUAGGUCCCGGGACCAUAAUGACAAUAUGUUACUCUCCAAAAUCAUCCCGGACCACGACGAUAGAGUGUUGCAUUUACACUUCUAAGCCAUCCUUGGAUCCUUCAGAUUAUAACAAAUGGAAAGAUCAGAUCAUGAAAUUGAGUGUACAAACAGAAGGUCUGCAAGAAAGGCUCAUCUCCGGAAAUGGUUCGCUUCAGGACGAGUCGCCAGAAAUAAAUAAAACUGCUGCGCGACAGCAUAUACUUUACGAGCUCAUGAAGGCACAUGCCAAAGAAGAAGAAUAUUUGCAAGCCGAGGUUCAUCCUGCAUCACGGAGCGAGUCUGUAUCAUCUGUUGGCAAAGCCGACGAUUCGUUCUGUCGUAAUCUGGCGAAUGGUGGUGAGAGAAGUCCAAUUUGCAAGGCAACCGCCGGUGGAGUUUUGGAAUGGUGA